AUCCUCCUCCUUCGCUCUCAUCUUCUUUGCUCUCUCUCAUCGCCGCUGUGAAGAGCCACCAUAUAUCAGCCGACGGAAGAUCUUUUCGCAUGGCGAAAGAGGAAUCAGUAACUGUGAAAGAUGCCAUUCACAAGCUGCAACUUUGUCUCCUUGAGGGCGUCCAAGAUGAAAACCAGCUAAAUAUUGUUGGGUCCUUGAUUUCUCAGAGUGACUACCACGAUAUUGUGACUGAGCGAUCUAUUGCAAACAUGUGUGGUUACCCACUCUGCAGCAAUUCUUUGCCUUCUGAGCGGCCUUGGAAGGGCCGGUAUCGGAUUUCUCUGAAAGAGCAUAAGGUUUAUGAUCUUCAUGAAACGUACAUGUACUGCUCAACUAGUUGUGUCGUCAAUAGUCAAGCAUUUUCUAGGAGUUUGCAGGAGGAGAGGUGCUCGGUUCUGAACCCUGCAAAACUUAAUGAAGUCCUGAGGAUGUUUGAGGGAUUGAGUUUGGACGCAAAAGAGGAUUUGGGAAAGCAUGGAGAUUUAGGACUCUCUGAGUUGAAGAUCCAGGAAAAAGCAGCUAUGAAAACUGGGGAAGUCCCUUUGGAAGAGUGGAUGGGUCCAUCAAAUGCUAUUGAAGGCUAUGUUCCACAAAGAGAUCGCAGAAUGAAGUCGUCAAGUUCAAAAAACCGUAAAGAAGGAUCUAAACUCAGGCAUGGCCAGCCCAAUGAGGAGAAAGACAUCAUUUUUAAUGCAACGGACUUCAUGAGUACUAUAAUAUCUCAAGAUGAGUAUAGCAUUUCGAAAAUGUCAUCAGGUCCAGUAAAGACUUCUUCUGAAGAAUCUAAAGAACCAAAAGGAAAACUGAGCUUUAAAGAAAUGGAGGAUCAGUUAGCCAUAUUGAACAAGCCAUCUGCUCCAGAGCAAAUCAAUUUUAAAAGUAAAGAAUUGAAUGAAGAAAAUAGUUGUAUUGUCACAAAUAACAAGAUUAACAUUUCGCAAGUGACUUCAAAUGGCAUUGGUAUAAAUGGAAAUGAAGCAGGACAAGGGUUCCAUGCUGGAAAAACAGCUGAAUGGAACUCCAGCAUACUCAAACCUUCUCUAAAAUCGUCAGGUGCGAAGAAAGUAACUCGCUUCGUUACUUGGGCUGAUGAGAGUUCCAAUGAUGCUGGCAGUGGAAAUCUUUGCGAGUUUGAAGAAGUGGAAGAGAAAAAAGAAAAUUCUGGGGGAUCCAGCAUUGCAGACAUGGAAGUCGAUGAUAAUGCGUUUCGAUUUGCAUCAGCUGAAGCCUGUGCAAUAGCUCUGAACGAAGCAGCAGAAUCUGUUGCAUCUGGAGGUUCUGAUGUCUCUGAUGCCGUGUCUGAAGCCGGAAUUAUUAUAUUGCCACCUCCUUAUGAUGUUAAUGAAGCGGAAUCUGAGGAUAAUGCUCAUAUGCUUGAUUCAGAACCAGCUCCUUUAAAGUGGCCAAGAAAACCAGGGGUUUCACAUUCUGAUCUGUUUGACUCUGAGGAUUCUUGGUAUGAUAGUCCACCAGAGGGAUUUAGUUUGACAUUAUCACCAUUUGCGACUAUGUUUAUGGCACUCUUUUCAUGGAUAUCAUCUUCUUCGUUGGCUUAUGUAUAUGGGCGCGAUGAGAGUUUUCAUGAAGAAUAUUUGUCUAUAAAUGGGAGGGAGUACCCCCAGAGGAUUAUAUUGGCAGAUGGUCGCUCUUCCGAAAUCAAGCAAACUCUUGCUGGCUGUCUCGCUCGGGCUUUGCCAGGACUUGUUGCUGAUCUUAGGCUACCAACACCAGUAUCAAGUCUGGAACAACAAAUGGUACUGGGGCCGCUUGCUGGAUACAAUGUCUUUUACUGACCCACUUCCCCCACUCAGAAUGAAACAGUGGCAAGUGAUUGUGCUUUUGUUUCUUGAUGCCCUUUCUAUAUGUAGAAUCCCUGCACUUACUCCUCACAUGAUGAAUAGGAGAGUGUUGUUUCACAAGGUGCUUGAUGUUGCCCAAGUAAGUGCCGAAGAAUACGAGGUUAUGAAGGAUCUGAUGAUUCCACUCGGUCGAGUGCCUCAAUUCUCUUCACAGAGCGGCGCCUAACGAAUCAAACUAACUUUUUCAGUUGCCUGUAUUGCUUCAUCUGAAGGUUUGUGCAUCUGUCUGUAAGUGAACGUUUCUAUACUACUAGUUUAUGACAGCAGAGCAGAUUAACCUUCUCUUCACUGUCCAAAGUGCCUUGUUUGAUCUGUACAUAACUCCACAGCUAUUAGUGGUGCAAAUACAGGUGUUAGCUUUAACUGUUGGAAGCGAAGGAAGGAGAGAGAUUGAUUUGGGAUAACCUAAACAAAUCAUAGUGCUUUAUUCACUUAGAUCUAAUAUCAAAGUUAUUUAAU